AUUUUCAUUUUAAAAUUGAAGGAGCUAUAACAACCAAUUUCUUGACAUUAACUGCAAUUUAUUGCCUUGGCAAUGUGGCAUGCAUUUGUGGUGCGCUACAAAACAAGCGUUGCUUGGAACAGGUUCAACUGUUCUACUAAGAAGAAACGGGCACAAAGGAAAAGGAUGAAGCUUUGGAGACCAAAACCACAUGAGAGAAUAUACAAGUCAAAAAUCCUAAUCUGUUUUUCUAACAGAUCCUUUGAGUACAACUAACCCAUUUCGCCAACCCGAAUCAAGGGAUUAUAUAUAUAUAAGUGUCCUAGCCUUGGCUUCAGAGUUCAGACACACCAAGUCUUAGGUUUCUCAUCAGUCAUGGCUCGCCCGCUUCACUUUACAUCAACCCCAGAGAGCGUGUCUCAGGCAGGCCUUGCUGCAGCUGCAUUUCUUUUCUGUGCUUUUGCUUUGUUCAUGUGUGCUUCUCACUCACGUAAAAGAUGGCUCAGGAGUGCUUGUUAUGAAUUUUUUGAUGAAGAACCCGUCAUACAACAGCUCAGCAAUGAAUUUAUGAAUACAGAAGUCCAUGGGAUUCAAGCUGGGAAUGAAGAUGAAAUUGCAGUAAGUGGUAACUGUGAGCAACCAGUUUGGAAGAAGAACAUACUCAUGGGAGGGAAGUGCCAGUUGCCGGAUUACUCUGGAGUCAUAAUCUAUGAUGCUGAAGGCAAUCGUGUUACCCCUGCCAAGGCCCCUCGUGCUUUACUCACCUGGAAGUGAAGAGAAGUCAGAAUUAUGAAGAGAGAAUGUGUCAACUAGUAAUUGUUGAAAUGUAAUGCUGAUGUAAAAAAAGGGUCAAAAUGCAACUCUAUUCUAGUGUCAGUUUCAAGUUUGUUUCCCAGAAGUGCUGUCUUUAACAUAUCUUUAUCAGGACAAUAAACCUAAAAUCAUUAC